CAGGACUCCAGACUGGACGCUGUCUGGAAUUUCAGGCGCACCGACGUCCCACCUCUCUCUGACUGACCACCUCAGGUCAAUCACAGAAAAAUGUCUGGAAAGAUAACAAAAGAGGAGCUGGAGGAGAUGAGGGAGAUCUUUGGAAAAAUUGAUCUGGACAACAAUGGAUAUAUCUGUGAUUAUGAACUCCAUGAGCUCCUUAAAGAGGCCGGCCACCCCCUACCUGGAUACAUGGUUCGAGAGAUCAUCCAGAAACUCGAUCGCAACAAGGAUAAUAAGAUCAGCUUUGACGAGUUUUUGUCGAUCGUCCAGGAGCUGAGGGGCAGUGAAAUAGCAAAAACAUUCCGCAAGGUCAUCAACAGAAAAGAAGGCAUCCUGGCUAUUGGAGGGACGUCUGAGCUGUCGAGUGAAGGAACACAACACUCGUUCUCUGAGGAGGAACGAUAUGCCUUUGUUAACUGGAUCAACACUGCUCUGGAAAAAGACCCUGACAGCCAACAUGUCCUGCCCAUGGAUCCCAACACAGACUCUCUCUUCACAUCUGUCGGAGAUGGUAUAGUACUCUGCAAAAUGAUCAACCUGUCAGUGCCAGACACUAUAGAUGAGAGAACCAUAAAUAAGAAGAAGCUGACGCCGUUCACAAUACAGGAGAAUCUGAACCUGGCCCUGAACUCAGCUUCUGCCAUUGGCUGCCAUGUAGUGAACAUUGGUGCUUUAGACCUGAAAGAAGGGAAGCCCCAUCUGGUGCUGGGCCUGCUGUGGCAGAUCAUCAAGAUUGGUCUGUUUGCUGACAUCGAGCUAAGCAGAAAUGAAGCGCUGGCAGCAUUGCUGAGAGAUGGGGAAACACUGGAAGACCUGAUGAAGCUGUCUCCAGAGGAACUGCUGUUACGCUGGGCAAACUUUCACCUGGAAAAUGCUGGCUGGCAGAAGAUCAACAACUUCAGCUCUGACAUCAAGGACUCAAGGGCCUAUUUCCACCUCCUGAAUCAGAUCUCUCCAAAAGGCACAGAUGAAAACCAACCUCGCAUAGACAUCAACAUGGCAGGCUUCAGUGAGAAAGACGACAUGAAGAGGGCAGAAGCCAUGCUGCAGCAGGCCGACAGGCUCGGCUGUCGACAGUUUGUCACCCCAGCUGACGUCGUCAGUGGAAACCCCAAACUCAACCUUGCUUUUGUGGCCAAUCUGUUCAACAAGUAUCCAGCGCUGACCAAACCUGAGAAUGAGGAUAUUGACUGGGGACUAUUGGAAGGUGAGACAAGAGAAGAGAGAACGUUCCGAAACUGGAUGAACUCUCUGGGAGUGAAUCCACAUGUCAAUCAUCUGUAUGGAGACCUACAGGAUGCCAUGGUUAUCCUUCAACUUUACGAGAAGAUUAAAGUGCCUGUCGACUGGAACAACAAGGUCAACAAGCCACCUUACCCCAAGCUGGGGACCAACAUGAAAAAGUUGGAGAAUUGUAACUAUGCAGUAGAACUGGGCAAAACAGCCAAGUUCUCCCUCGUUGGCAUCGGCGGGCAGGACCUGAACGAUGGAAACGCUACCCUGACUCUGGCACUGGUGUGGCAGCUGAUGAGAAGAUAUACGUUGAAUGUACUGGAGGAACUAGGAGAUGGACAGAAAGUAAAUGAUGACAUCAUUGUAAACUGGGUGAACAAAACAUUGGCGGAGGCUGGAAAAUCAACCAAGAUUUCAAGCUUUAAGGACAAGGAGAUCAGCAGCAGUUUGGCAGUAUUGGAACUGAUAGACGCCAUCCAGCCGGGCAGCAUCAACUACGAGCUGAUAAAAACCGGCAGCCUAUCUGAAGAUGACAAGCUGGAGAACGCCAAAUAUGCUGUCUCUAUGGCAAGGAAGAUCGGAGCCCGUGUCUACGCUCUCCCAGAAGACCUUGUGGAGGUCAAACCCAAAAUGGUGAUGACAGUCUUUGCCUGCUUGAUGGGUCGGGGGAUGAAGCGGGUCUAAGACAGUGACUGGGAUCAUUGUGACACUUAUAACCCACAAGCCAUUAGCAAUUUGAAAGAGCUCCCCCAACUGAAGGAAUGAAGAAUAUGUUUUUUCUUUUUUUUUUUUUCUUUUUUUUUUUGUUGAAUUCAAUCAGAAUCAUAAAUUUGCAUGUGUCCCUGCUUCUCUUAAUUAAUAGAGGUGUUUACUGAUGAAUAAUGCGCUGUCCUCUCAUUUAAAGUGGGUCAAAAUCCUAAAAUUUAUAAAGAGAUGGGUCUCAUGUUACAGAGGACAACUUGUUACUUUCCAUAUCCAGAACUCUUAAUGUAUAAGAAUGCUGUUUUUUAAGCGAGUAUGCCUAUUUACAGCUGCAAGGUUGUUUACAUAUUUUUACUCAGACUGAUAAGUUAAUUAUCCUUCACUAAGCAACACACAUGCCUGAAUACCAUACUUAUGAAACAAUGCUUGACAAGGCGAAAAAAGAAAAAAUGAAGAGCAGUGGGAUGUUCGGGUGCAGCACACGUUAAAAACACCCAAUCAUUCCCUCUCACUUAAUGAAGUACAGGCAUGUCUUAAUAACUGGCGCCAUAAACUUCUACAUGUCUGCAUACAGAGGCCAUAUGGUCAAAUUAUUCUAAUGACCAGUCUGAUGUGCUGUCUGUAUGCUUGUACUCGUCAUUUGUUUGUUUCUCGGGAUUAUUACAUGAGGUAAAUGCUGUUUUUGAGGUGUCUGGUGUCUGGUCUUUUUUUUAUUUUCGUCUGUUACGUUGGAUGAGGAGCAGGCUGACUGGACUCUCCUGGCUUCUGCUGUGCCUUCUUCUUGUCAUAGAGAUGACUUGUCCUUUGCGCUUUUGAGGUUUUCCUUUUUUUCCCUUUUGUAUUCAACAUUACCAAAUAUAAACAGUAACUUCAUUCCAGGUAGGUUCAUGAUAUUCUAUGACAGUGGCCAAAUUGUAUUUGGUCUCAUUUUCAUGUCUACUCUUUAAGUGCUUUACAUGUAACAAUAAAUAUGACUUUGAAAAGUG